GACUGGCUGUCAAAGCAAAACUGUGUUUUCUCAAUGUUGCAUCAUCUCGCAUCAGCAUGGCUUCCCAGUCAUCAUCGCGAUCACUUGUGUCUAGACCACGGUGACAUGUAGAUCGAGAGAAUGUGGUUUAAUUGUUUAACAUAAAACAGAAGAAAAUGUUUCAAGAAGUUUGAUCGUAACUACAGCAGAUAGAUCUAGUAGAAUCGUAUUGCUCGGUGACCUACUGACCUACAUCACAACAAAGUGUGUUGUCUUUGUUUAUACACAUCUUGGCAAGUGCAGCGUAUUCGACUAAGUUCCUGGUUGUUCCCUUGUAUACAUCCGCCGAUGUCUCUGCAGGCUGGAUUGAAUAUUGACUGCGAUCUGGCCUGGAUAAAGUUGUCAGUGUCAUAGAAGAGACCAGAAAACAAUUCUCAUCCGUUUCACGUCCAUGGCUAAAGAAAGCUUUGACCUGAAAGAUGAUGUCAAGGUCAAGUCUGCUAACUCAGACAAUGUUCCAUUCUGGUUCUCGUCAAGGCUUGGGCUUGCUUUCAUUGGCUUUCUGGGCUUCAUCAACGUGUAUGCAGUCCGUGUGAACCUGAGUGUGGCCAUAGUUUGCAUGGUGAACCAGAGCAGGACUGACUCCAACAACACUGAACAGUCCUCCGAAUGCGGUGCUGGCGCUUACAGAAACGAGACGAGUGAUCAGAGCCCUUUGGGCGGCUAUCUUGAUUGGGAUAAAACCACCCAGGGGACCAUUCUUGGUUCGUUCUUUUGGGGCUAUCUGAUUGGUCAAGUGCCGGCAGGAUGGAUAGCCACCAAGUUCGGCGGCAAGUGGGUGUACGCUGUCACCAUGCUGGUGUCCUCUGUGGCGACUGUCCUGACCCCACUGAUGUCCAACUUCAGCUACAUUGCUCUUAUCGUGGUUCGUGUGGUACUCGGUGUGGCUACGGGCAUGACAUUUCCAGCCAUGCAUACCAUAUGGGGGAGGUGGGCGCCACCACUGGAACGGACUAAGCUUAUAACAUUUACCUAUGCUGGUGCUCAAGUUGGUAUAGUUCUGACUUUCCCUCUCUCUGGAAUGUUGUGUAAAUAUGGAUUCGCUGAAGGAUGGCCUUCUAUCUUCUAUGUGACAGGUAUUGCUUGUUUUAUUUGGAGCAUUGCAUGGAUAUUGCUAGUCAGUGAUGAUCCAAGCAAGCACAAGAGAAUCUCCAAGAUAGAGCGAGACUACAUCAUUUCAUCUCUCAAAAACAGCAAAGUUUCUAAUUCAGGGACACUGAAAGUACCCUGGCUGAGGAUAUUCACUUCAAUGCCAGUAUGGGCUAUUGUGGUGGCAAACAUUACAUCAGACUGGGGAGCCUAUACAUUACUGACCAACAUACCAACAUACAUUAAUGAAGUUUUGAAAUUUGAUAUAACUUCUAAUGGACUAGUAUCUGCCCUACCCUACAUCAUGUUUUGGCUGGUGAUCAACAUUGGUGGCUGGUUAGCUGAUUUGAUCAGAAAGAAGGAACUCUUAUCAACUGGAAUAACAAGAAAAGUAUUUACUGCUGUGGGUAAAAUAGCCCCUGCUGUAAUGCUAAUUGCACUGGGCUAUGUGGAUUGUUCACAGCCAGCUGUAGCAGUAGGACUUUUGGUCUUUGCUGUUUCCUUGACUGGCAUUCAAUACAGUGGGUUUUUGGUCAACCAUGUGGACAUUGCCCCAGCUUUUGCUGGCAUUUUGUUUGGAAUCAGCAACUCUUUGGCUGCAGUGACUGGGUUUAUAUCUCCAGUCAUUGUUGGGGUCAUAACAGAAGAGAGGCAGACGCGACUAGAAUGGCAAAUAGUGUUCUACAUUGCUGCUGCUAUCUAUAUUUUUGGUGCCAUAUUUUUUGUUAUCUUUGCCUCUGGAGAACUGCAGUCUUGGUCAGCUGAAAAGGAAAAAGAUGAAGAAGUGGCAUUAAAAGACAAUAAGGAAUCAUUAAAUCAAGAUAUUUGAUUUACUCAAGAAUAGUGCUAAGGAAUCAUUAAAUCCUGAUAAUCAAUUCACUACCGGUAUAGGACAAUGCUAAGGAAUUAUGAUUGAAUUCUGACAUUUCAUUCACUGAAGGAGUAUAUUCAACAAUUUAUUUGAACAAUAUAUCUAAGUAGUAAGACUUUGAAAAGAACUAGAUUGUAUUUAAAUUUGAAUAAUCUCUUUGAAAGCUAACACAGUAUAAUGAUAUUACAUGAUUUAUUUGUUGAAAAAAAUAUCCACAAAAUCUUUUUAUUUAGAAGUAUAUUAUUAGGUGGCAAUUUUGUAAAUUAUUUAAAAAAAAAACAACAUUAUUUAAGACUAGUGUAUAAAAUAAAAGAAUUUUUUUGAUAUUAAAGAGAUUAAAAAGUUUUUAGUUUUAUUCUUAAAAAAAAUAGUUAUUCUUAUAGUUUCAUCUGCGUAAUUUUUAAACAUUUUUGUUUUUACAAUAAAUACCAAUAGAUUACCAAAGUUGUAUAAAGUAAAUUUAUGUUAGUUGAAUAAUAACAUAAAACCCAUUUCUUUGGAAGCAAAAACUAUUUUUUACUUUAGAAAAUGACAUUUGGACAAUUAAGAUUAUAUAUAUUUAUAUAUAUAUAUAUAUAUAUAUAUAUAUAUAUAUAUAUAUAUAUAUAUAUAUAUAUACACAUACAUAUAUGUAUAUAUUUAUGUAUAUAUAUAUGUAUAUAUAUAUAUAACAUAAAGUAUUUAGAUUAAAGUUAAUACACAUUUUAACUUUGAAACAUACUUUUUUCUGUCCUUUGCUUAUCAUCAUGUUAGUGGCAUAUAUUAGUGAAAGACUGAUGUGUGUCUACAGUAGUUAUAGAAAAAAAAAUGGUCCAGGAAUCAAUUUCCACGCUACUUGUUAUGAUAAGAAAAUAAAAUCAAUUACAAGAAUUAUAUUUAAAAAUGGUUAAUGGAUAUAAACAUAAAAUUCAAAUUGAAUCAAUAAUAAUAUUUUGCUACAAAAUAUUUUCUAAUGUGUCAUUUUUAAAAACAUUUAGAAUACAAAAAAUAUACCAACAAAUAGAUAUUUUUAUAAUUUGAUAUAUCAUUUAUUCAGUUAAUAAAAAAAUUAUUUUGUCAUGAUAUGACAUAAUGAAUUCUUCCAAAGUUGAACAUUUUUAGGCUAUUCAAAACACAAAGAAAGUACAUUUGAAAUGACCUUUUCUAUCAUUUAAAUGAAAUAUUUAUGUUAUUGACUUGUUUUUAUUAGUUAUAUGAUAUCUGUGUUGAUCAUUUUAACUUUCUCUGUAAAUUAAAAUAUUAUUACAUUUGGCAUUAUGAGAAGAAUUUGAUGAGUAUUGAAUAAUGCUAAACUUAUUGUAAACUUUUGUUUUCAAUUCAUUUUGUUUUUUGACUACAUUAAACAAAAUAUAACAUGAAAGAAAUUAGAUUGCCCUAAAUUUUUUAAAUUCAUACUGACAUUCCCAUAAACGAAGGAAUUUUAUAAUUAUAUUUCAUGCAAUACUGAUUUCUUUGCCCUAUGAGUUGUAUUUUUAAGUAAAUUUACACUCCAUUGUAACUGUUAUAUUGCUUGUCUUUUUUUUCUUUCUUUAAAAGUUGCCCUACGCCAUUUUUGUCUUGUAAAUUUUAAUUUAAAACCAUUUUACUCUAAUGUACUAUUAUUGAAGUUUGAAAAAAGGUUCAUGGAAGUUUCAACAAUUGAAGUCACAUUUGUUACAUAGUGAGAAUUUCUUUAAAAAGAAUCAUGUCAGUAGUUGAAUUUCCUAGUAUGACUUUACAUACAUAUAUGAUAUACAUUUUACUGGCAACAAACUGACAGAAGGAUUGGAUUGAGACCCAAUGCUAUUAGAGAUAUGGGGCCCUUUGUAGAGCAAUGUUUCUUUGGCUCAUUCUUUCAAAUGAUUGAAAUUAUUGCUUUAACAAUUUUUUGGGUGCCCUCAACCUAAACUGUAGCUUGUGUUGACUAUGAUAAAUCCAGCACUGGAUGAUAGGGUAGAUCUGUUUACAGAUCUGUAUGCAAACAAAAUGAAUGGCUGCCUGGUUGUGCGGUUUGUGCGCUGGACUGUUGUUUGGAUUUAUUGAUGGUCUUGGGUUUAAACCCUGCCCGCUCUCAUCCACCUUUGUACUGCGAGAGGUUUGGACUAGGAAGUAAACUAUCUUCAACUCUGAAGGAACAUCUGAAACAUACAACAUUUUACAAAACAUUUUUACAAACAAUUUGUGUGUGAUAAAGACAUUGCACUUGUUCAGCAUUUUCCUUUUUCAGCCAUAUUUACUUUAUUAUUUGAAUCUUUUAGUACUAGAACAAGAUAUAGUUGAACAAUUUCUGACAUUUUUUGAUUAGAAUACUUCUUUACAAUGCUUUAUAUUUAUAUGAACAAGAUAAUUGUUUGUAACUAAAUGGUCCAGUUAUUAAAGAAGUUGGAGCCAUUUUUGUGAUAACUUGUUAAUGACAUUGCUUUUGACAAACAUUUGACUGAGAGUUAUUUUAAUAUGGGCCUACAGGUUUGUAGUGAUGAUGUACAUUUCUGUUUGUGUGUAUAUUUAAGGCUGUACUGUCUCAUCCUUUAAGAUGUCAACAAAGUUUCAACCAAAUCACAUCUAGAAAAUAAACCUGGACUGGAAUCUACUUUGAGUAAUAUGAAACAUAUGACUAGAUUGAUUUACUUUGUUUAAGAUAUUUUUUUUUGGGGGGGGGGUAUAGAGAGAAGUGAAAUUAUAAUAGAAGUUCCAACAAACCAAUAAGAUGAUCAAAUUUACAGAAAGAUUUAUUCUAUAAGUUGAGCUUCAAAUAUUGGUAUUUUAUGAAGAAUACACUGUCUUGAAAUUAAUUACAUUUUUUCCUUAUACAUUUUAGAAUAAAAAAAAAUAAUUAUAAGAUCUUUAUAUUGUUUUUAGUCUUUUACAUUGUUUUAUUUAUUUUAUGUUUAAAAUUACAUGAUUUUUUUUAUUGAGCAGGCAGAUAUUUGUUUUAAGCUUUAGGUUGGGGAAGUUGUUGACAUAUUGUACAAAUAUACGAGUCCAUAUCCUUUUUAUUUUCCCCCAAUUACUUGUAAUAGCUUUUACCUUUUUACCCGUUAAGCAUUUUAGAAACUGCAAUUUAUGUUUACUUUGUACUGUCACAUAGAAUUUGGUAAAGGAAGGUUGGCAGACUUUCCUCUGACCUCAGUGUACAAGAUAAUGGAGCCUGCUUUGACUAUAAUAUGUCCACUUUGUGUGAAUUACUGAGUGGCUUAAGUUGAAGUUCUAACACAUUCAUUCCAUGGAUCAAAUUCAUUCUUAUCUAGAAAUGCUGAAGACGAACACAAGCAGUGUAUAUUAUUGACCUAUCUCCUGUAAAUACUCUCGUGUUGGCUGGGGGCCUCUGCUGGGGAGUACAUAGCUUGGUUCUUUUAGUUCUAAAUAGUCAUGAAUAGUUUUGGGUCACGUGCUAUGUUUGAUUUGACAAGUUGAUGUAAUGCAUUCUGUCUUUAUAAAUGUUGCUUACCAUGUUUUUUGGUUGUGUUACAGUGUGUGUGCAUUUUUGCCAAGCUUAAAUGAGUUAAGUUGUAUUCGUGUAAAUGUAUUUUAAAAUUACUUUUUCAUGUGUUCGGUAUUUUUGUUUUUCAGGACAUGAUUAAAAGAAAGUGUAAUAAUA